AUGGUGGAAAAAGUAUGGACGAACGAGUCCGACGACGGCGUGCUCUCCGGCGCCAAGAACGGGUCCGAACGACUGGAGAUGUUCGUGGUGUCCAACGACGAGGACAACGAGCUCAACUACAACCGCACCCGCAACUUCACAGACAUAGACCACGACAGCGUCCAGAACUCCGAGUUCCAGGGCGACGUCCACGAGGGCAAGGUCAAGCGUGCCCUCAAGCCCCGCCACAUCUCCAUGAUCGCCCUGGGAGGCACCAUCGGAACCGGUCUUUUCGUCGGUAUAGCCUCGCCGCUGUCAUACGCCGGCCCCGUCGGCGCCCUCAUCGCCUACAUUUUCAUGGGCAGCAUCGUGUAUUUCGUCACCCAGUCUCUGGGCGAGAUGGCCACCUUCAUUCCCGUCACCUCCUCCAUCACCGUUUUUUCCAACCGCUUUUUGUCGCCUGCCUUUGGUGUAGCCAACGGCUACAUGUACUGGUUCAACUGGGCCAUCACCUACGCCGUCGAGCUUUCCGUCAUCGGCCAAAUCAUCCAGUACUGGACCGACGCCGUUCCCGUCGCCGCUUGGAUCGCUAUCUUUUGGGUUUUCAUCACUCUCGCCAACUUCUUCCCCGUCCGCUUUUACGGUGAAGUCGAAUUUUGGGUCGCCUCUCUCAAAGUUGUCGCCAUUGUCGGCUACUUGCUCUACGCUCUAAUCAUAGUGUGCGGUGGCUCCAAACAGGGCCCCAUUGGCUUCCGCUACUGGCGCAAUCCGGGCCCCUGGGGUAACGGUAUUCUCAACUCGGAUGGCACGCCCGUUUACAAAAACGUCGGCAAAUCUCGUUUCCUCGGUUGGGUCGCAUCCUUAAUCAAUGCGUCUUUCACCUACCAAGGUACCGAGCUUGUUGGUAUCACCGCUGGUGAGGCUGCCAACCCCAGAAAAACUGUCCCCAGAGCCAUCAAUAAGGUGUUUUUCCGUAUUCUCUUCUUUUACAUCCUUUCUUUGUUUUUCGUGGGUUUACUGGUACCUUACAAUGACGAAAGUCUCAACAAGACCAACACCGUCAUUGCAUCGUCACCUUUCGUCAUCUCCAUUCAACACGCAGGGACCAAGGCCCUGCCGGAUAUUUUCAACGCUGUUGUGCUCGUUACCAUUAUUUCCGCUGCUAACUCCAACGUCUACGUCGGUUCUCGUGUAUUAUUCUCUCUCGCUCACACGGGCAUCGCUCCAAGACGCUUUGGCUACGUUACCAGAUACGGCGUGCCAUACUUGGGAGUUCUUACCACUGCUAUGUUGGGUCUGCUAGCAUUUUUGGUAGUUAACGCAAACGCCAACAACGCCUUUAACUGGCUGAUCAACAUCUCGACUUUGGCUGGCCUCUGUGCUUGGCUCUUCAUUUCUUUGUCCCACAUUAGAUUCAUGCAGUGUCUCAAGCAACGCGGUAUUUCCCGCAAUGACCUGCCGUUCAAGUCCAAACUAAUGCCCUGGGGCGCAUAUUAUGCUGCCUUCUGGGUCUUUGUAAUUAUUUUUGUUCAAGGUUUCCAGGCCUUCACACCCACCUUCGAUGUCGCAGCUUUUUUCACCAACUACAUUUCCUUGAUGUUGUUGGCAGUGGUUUUCAUCGGAGCUCAGAUUUUUUACAGAUGCAGGUUUAUCAAUCGCCUCGAAGAUAUUGAUAUUGAUUCUGAUAGAAGAGAGAUCGACGCUCUCAUAUGGGAAGACGACGAACCAACCACACUAUGGGGCAAAUUUUGGACCGCUGUUGCCUGA